AUACAUCCGGUGCAAGGUAUGCAUGUCUGUCGACUUUUGCGGUCCGUUUUGUGCAAGAAGACGAUAUAUCUGUAGAAAAAUGUCACUUUUUAGUGCAAGACAAAUUAUUUUGCAAGCUGAUGUAUUCUCACCAUACUUGCAGAAAGGAUGGAAGUCUCUUUUUGGAAAAGUGGAUCAUAUCAAUCUUAAAAAAUACACACUCUAUUUAGGAUCAGUGUAUAUCCAGAAGAAAUGUUGUCAUAAUGAAGCGAACCCAGGAGAAUCUGCAAAGAAAUGGACCCCUGCAUUUGCUGGGAGUGUUCUGGAGAAAAUGCGUGCAGAGGAUAAAACAUUCUAUUCUGUUUCAGUAAAGGAUGUUAUUCAAAAGCUGCAGUGCUUGUCCAAUGCACAGCUUCCAGCCGAUGAAAUUGAAGAACUGAUCAGAGAAUCUCCUUACUUUCUACAAGGCAAAAAUAUAGAGCCUGUCAUCAACGUCUUACAAGAACAUGGAUUUGAAGGGCGAAGUAUAUUUGAUAUCUUUAUGUCCUACAGCAGAAUCACAGAUGAAGAUCCAUCUAACUUGUUUGAUUCAUUGAUGUUCAUGAGAAAACUCUACAAAACUGACAGAAGAUUUAACAAUGCUCUGACUGCUUGCCCUGAAAUGUUAACAUUGACAAAGACUGAAAUUAAUGGAAGGAUAAGGGCACUGCAGGACCUGUUCAAGUCAGAUGAUGUACUGGACCUGACUGUCAGGUCACCACACAUUUUUUUCGAAGACUUUGAGACAGUUCAAGAGAAGUUUGACUAUGUGUUUCACACAAUGGGUAUAUCACAGAGGCAGAUGAUGUAUUCAGACAUGUUCAAUUACCCACUGUUACACAUGCAAACGAGACACACUUUCUUGGAGAGAGCAGGGUUUUAUAAGAAAAUCAAGAAAGAUAAAGGGGAAAUCAACACAAACCCACUUCUACAGGAUAUACUGAGACUCAGUGAUAAAGUAUUUGCAAAGAAAUUUGGAAAUAUGACUGAGUUAGAUUACAAAACUUUCGCUCAGUACUUUGUUAUAGAAUUGGAUAGCAUGAAUGAAUAAAUGUGUAUGAGAUACUUAGGAUUGGUAAUAGUUGAAUAAAUUGUAACCAGUGCCAAUUGUAACAGAAACUAUAGCAUUUGUUUCCCAAACAAUGACCAUCCUCCAAAUGUACGUAUGUUUUGCAAUUAUUCUAUAUUCGAGGCAUACCUACCUUAGUUAGCUGUAUAUGCUAGUUAAGAGUGCAUUUCUUUGAAUAGUAAGGAAGACAUGCCAUCAUUGAAGUACUGCAUUAGCUAAUCAAAUUCUGUACAAGCACAUGCACAAAAAAAUUUGCAAUUUUUGUUGAUUUUAUUCAGUAAUAAUUUAAUUUCCCUUGUAAAACACAAUUUCAUUGAUUCAUUGGAAUUUAUCAACAUUCUUUAUGUCAUAUAAACAAAGUUGCAAGCCA